AACUAAGUAUUACCGCUGUAAAAAAGUGGGACACAGAAAUCUGAAGACUUAAUCAGGUGGCAUCGAGCUGCGUGUCGUAUUGUAAUUCUAGUGAAAAAGAAGAAAGUAAAGAACCGCGCAAUAUGGAUGAUUUGGUGAUUCGAAACAACGAAACAAAUCUGAAAAACCUAUUGGUAAAUGAAGAUGCCCCAGUUUUGGCAGGGACUCCUUUGCAGCAGUUCUACAGUGGAGCCAACGUCCUGCUCACUGGCGGAACAGGUUUUAUGGGAAAAAUCCUGAUUGACAAAUUAUUGCGAACUUGUCCAGGACUCGAAAAUCUUUAUCUCCUGGUGAGAACCAAGAAAGGAAAAGAUGUUCAUACCAGAGUCGAAGAAAUUUUUGAUGAUCCGGUUUUCAGUAGGCUACGAGAAGAAGUGCCUAAGUUUAGGCACAAAGUGGUCGCUAUACCCGGAGACUGCGCUGUAGCCGGAUUGGGAUUGAAUCUUACAGACAGACAGACCCUCAUAAGCAAUGUGAACAUAGUGUUCCAUGCCGCCGCUACGGUAAGAUUCGAUGAGCACCUGCGUGUCGCGAUGGCAAUUAACGUACACGGAACAAAAGACAUAUUGGACUUGUGCAAACAUAUGAUUCAACUUAAGAGUGUAAUUCACGUAUCUACAGCUUAUUCAAAUUGCCAUUUGCGCCAAAUUGAUGAAAAGUUUUACGAAUACUCAGUUAAACGAGAAGAUUUAGUGGCACUCAUCGAGAAAUUGGACGAUAAGGCUGUUGAAGACAUAACACCCAGCAUUCUCGGAAAUUGGCCAAACACUUAUGCAUUCACAAAGGCAAUGGCUGAGGAUUUGGUCAAAACCGAAAGCAAAGGACUUCCUAUCGGCAUGUUCCGUCCAGCAAUUGUAACUUCUACUUCCAAGGAACCAGUUGUGGGAUGGAUCGACAAUCUCUAUGGACCCACCGGAGUCGUAGCCGGAGUUGCGACAGGGGUCCUAAGGACCUUACAUUGCGAUGAAGACAUCAACGCAAAUAUUGUCCCUGUGGACAUGACUGUUAAUGCUGUAAUGGCAGCAGCAUGGGAUGUUGCUACCAAUUGCAAAGGAAGAUCUGGAGAAGAUAUGCCAGUUUACAACUAUGUAUCUUCAGUAGAAAAUCCAUUGACAUGGGGCCAGUACACAGAAUUGAAUGUUCGCCUAGGUUUUGAUUAUCCGUUUUCCAGUGCAAUAUGGUAUUUGUGUUUCACAAUGAAUAAAUCUGCUACCAUGAAUAAAUUGUACAAGAUCUUCCUCCACUUCUUACCUGCCAUGUUAAUCGACUCUCUUGCGAUCUGUGUCGGACAAAAACCAAGAUUAUUAAAAGCCUAUAAAAAGAUCCACAAGUUUUCAAACGUAAUCUCAUUCUUCUGUACUAAUGAAUGGACAUUUACAAAUAAUAACGUUCAAGCGCUAUGGAAGAAAAUAUCUCCAAAAGAUCAAGAAAUGUUUGAUUUCAACAUGCAAACAAUGGAUUGGUCAGCUUACAUGAAAACUUACAUCAAAGGAAUGAGGAUAUACUUAUUCAAAGAUGAUUUAAGCACAAUUGAAGCAGCAAGGCGAAAGUGGAACAGGUUCUACUAUCUACAUCAAAUAGUAAAGUUAACUAUAGCAUUAUUUAUAUUAUAUGGAUUAUGGUCAGUAUUUAGUUCUAUGUUAAUUUAAUUCAAAGGAUUUAGUUUUUAAUUAUAUUAUCUAGAUUGUAAAGUGCCCAUAUACGAUUUACAUUAAAAAUGAAUGACUGUGGUGCUUUGUUAUAUCUGUUAUAACCAAAGUCAUUUUUUGUAAGAUAUAAAAGCAUUUUAUGCAAUUUUAUAAAAAAUAAAUUCAAAUUAUUAUAAGAUUCAAUAUUUAUAAAAGAAAAAUGAAAA